AUGAACGACAGUAACACAUCUGUUGUCGACGAUGAUUCUACAAGUAAUUUGGGAAUGUCCCAACUUGAGCGAGGCAUUAAGUUCUACUGCUUGAUUUCGCUUCUCAUUCCAUCGGUCGCAUUGACAGGUUUUAUUUUAUAUCACUUUCGAUGGCGUUAUAUUCAAUGUCAGAUCUAUGGAUUUGUUCUAAUUGUCAAUGCUUUGAUUAUUACGGUUGAAUUACCUAUUACAUUAUAUUAUUUAAACUACGGAACGAUUUAUUCUGAGAGUCGAUGUUCAGCAUGGAUAACGUUGAAUUAUUCACUCUUUCAAUUAAGUAUAUUUCUGAUGACAUGGACAUCAAUCGAACGUUAUUUAUUCAUCUAUCAUGAACACUUCAUUAUGCGUCACCUGAUUCUCCUUCAUUAUGUUCCGAUUAUAUUUUUUUCUUUGUAUUGUCCAUUACUCUAUACCGGAAUUGUUAUUUUAAACACAUGUCAACCAGUUUACGAUGUUCACUUGUACAUCUGUGGUGGUCCAUGUUAUUCCUUAGUUUUGACGACUGGUUUAUUAGAUUGGAUCGGAAAUGGUAUGAGUAUGGAAAUGACAACAUUACUUAUGAAUAUUAUCUUGAUUAUACGCCACUUUAUUCAACGUCACCGUAUGAAAAAGGCUAUACUUACAGCAGCUGGUCGACAACAAUGGACUCGUUCAGCCAAACUCGCACUGCAAUUACUUGCAAUUGGUAUGGCGUAUAUCAUUGCGUGGAUUCCGUAUUCGAUCAUUGUUUUAAUACAAAUGUUUCAGAAUUCUGAACGACUUGCGUAUAUUCUUUCCACAGUUUUUGUUUAUUUACCUUAUUUGCAAUCAUUGAUCUUACCUUAUCUUUGUAUGCUAUUCAUUCCGGAUAUUAAACAAAAAUUUUUUGCUUUACAAAUCUUUUCUUGUUUUGGUCGAAUACAGCGACAUCAAAAUCGUGUCCAACCUUUUGAUGGACAACUGAAAACAGCAACGAUUCAAACACGAACGUACAGUUUAUGCUAA